GUUACUUAGAAAUGAUCAUAAGGGAAGGACCAAGUAAGGGCAAUUAAUCAAGUGAAUAUCAUCAAAUUCAAAGAGAUGGGAAACAAGGACUCGAAAGGCUCUUCUUCUUCAACCAAUCCGAAAGAGGAGAUUGCUGCUGUACCUCAGCCUCAACAGUCACCACCGCAAUUGAUCCGAAAAUCGCAACCACAGCAGCCAUUACCACCACCUUCGUCUGAGAUGCCUCUUCUCUAUCCGUGUUACAAAAAAGAAGACUAUGAGAAAAUGAGCGAAGAGACAAUCGAUAUGCUCUUAGCGACUUACGGAAUCAUGACAGUCCCUGGCGAUUUAGCUGACAAGAGAAAGUUUGCUUUUGAAACCUUUCGUUGGGAUCAUAAGAACAAUCACCCCAAAGCUUAGCAACUACUUGUCUAGUAU